UGGACCUGCUGCGCUCAGUCGUCGGCGCCAGCGGCUGCUACGGUGGCAGCGGUCGCUGCCCAGGGCGUCCCGGGGCCCGUGCGAGCGCGGCGCCCGCAGGACCACGUCCCCGCCCGCGCCCAGCCCACGGUCGCCCACCAUGUCCAGUUUGCUGGAGAUCAAGAGCAGUGUGCUCAGGCAGGUGCAGGCCUGUCCAUCUUUCCGCCGGAGGACGGAGGAGGAGCUGGGGAGUAGCAGCACUGACCCGCAGGAGCCUGCCACGGGGGCCUGGAAACCUGGGGAUGGCGUGGAAUUCUUUGCCCAGAUUCGCCUCAUCCUGAAGAAGAGGGAAGGCAGACGGGGCCUGCCGUGCCCUGAGGUCCUCUUGUGCAGUGGUUUACCAGCCCCCGCUGAGCCUGUGGACCCCAACCGUGGCUUAAGAGCCCUGACCCAGGAGGAGGUAGAGAUGCUGUAUGAGGAAGCCUUGUACACCGUAAUUUACCGUGCAGGGACCAUGGGCCCUGACCAGGUGGACGACCAGGAGGCCCUAUUGGGCUACCUUCAGCAGGUGUUCGGUACCAGCCCCAAGGAGCAUGAAGAGGCCCUUGAGCGCGUGAAGAAGGCCAAGGCCCCCACCUAUGCCUUGAAAGUCUCCGUCCUACGUGCCAAGAACCUGUUGGCCAAAGACCCCAACGGUUUCAGUGACCCAUACUGCAUGCUGGGCAUCCUGCCGGCUUCGGGGGCCUCCCAGGAGCCAGGCCCGCACAAGGAGCAGCGCUUCAGCUUCCGCAAGGGUGCCAAGCGUGGCAACCCACUGCCGGCCAAGUGCAUCCAGGUCACCGAAGUCAAGAGCAGCACCCUGAACCCUGUGUGGAAGGAGAACUUCCUCUUUGAGAUUGAGGACGUCACCACGGACCAGCUACACCUGGACAUCUGGGACCAUGAUGACGACGUGUCCCUGGUGGAAGCAUGCAGAAAACUAAAUGAAGUCAUUGGCCUAAAGGGCAUGGGCAGGUAUUUCAAACAGAUUGUCAAGUCGGCCCGUGCAAAUGGGACAGCUGGGUCCACGGAGGACCACACUGACGACUUCCUGGGCUGCCUCAACAUACCCGUCCGGGAGGUGCCUGUGGCUGGGGAGGAUCGCUGGUUCAAGCUGGAACCGCGCUCCAGCGCCUCCCGCGUGCAGGGAGACUGCCAGCUGGCCCUCAAGCUGAUCACUACACAGAGGGACACAGGCAUGAGCCAGCGCGGGCGGUCGGGCUUCCUGUCCUACCUGCUGCUGCUCAGUCGUCUGCUGCAGUUCGAGCACCCAGCCCAAGAGCCCAACUCGAGCAGCUGGCGGGGAGAGCUCAGUGGACCAGCGGCCACCGUGCUCUGCCUGCACGGCGCGCAGAGCAACUUGUCGGCGCUGCAGCUGGCGGUGCUGCACUGGCAGGUCAGCAGCCGUCACCAUCAGACCCGCACCCUGGACUACGGCUACCUGCUGGGGCUGCUGGAGGACAUGCAAGCGCACUGGCAGGAGGCGGCCUCGUUGCCCCAGGAGCAGGAGGAGAGUCUGGCCGACAGCUUCUCUGCCUUCUCCGAGUUCGCGCUGCGGUUGCUGCGCCAGCUCCGGGACUACUUCCCCGCCACCAACAGCACAGCGGUACACCGCCUGGAGCUGCUGCUGAAGUGUCUGGACAAGCUGCAGCUCUUCCAGCCUUCCUUUGAGAUCUGCCCCUUCGAGACUGAGCUAAACAUGGAUAUUGCUGCCGCCCUGAAGAGAGGCAACCGGGAAUGGUAUGACAGGCUCCUGAACACCAAGAGUCCUCGAGAGCAGCCAGGGCUGCAGCGCCUUGCUGGGCUGGUCGAGCUGGUGGACGCUGUCUACGAGGACCUGCAGUCCUGCUAUGGCGUCUAUGCCAGCCUCUUCCACAGCAUCAUCAAGAUCGACUUCUUCACUCUCACCUUCCGGCAGCUGGAGCGUCUGGUGGCCGAGGAGGCAUGGGUGCUGACGGAGGAGCUGAACCCCAAGAUGCCCCUUGAGGUGGCCUCACGGCUCUUUGAGCUCUACCUGACCCUGGCAGACAUCCAGCGUUUCUGGAGCAGCAUCCCGGGCCGGGAUAGCCGCUCCCUGGCCCUGGCUGGCAUCCACGCCCCGUUCCUGCCCGCCGUGAAGCUUUGGCUGCAGGUGUUGCGGGACCAGGCUAAGUGGAGACUUCAGGGAGCUGUGGAUGUGGACACACUGGAGCCCAUGGACACCUCCUCCAAACACAGCAGCUCUGCGGCUACCGCAAGUCUAUGCUUCAGCCACAUCCAGGAGCUGUGGGUCUGCCUGGCAUGGCCGGACCCUGCCCAGGCCCAGGGACUGGGCACCCAGCUCAGCCAGGACCUGUGUGAGGCCGCCCUCCUCUACACUGAAUUGUUGCGGAAGAAGGUGCACGCUCAGCCCGGGGCUGCCGGCGAGGCAGUGAGCGAGCCGCUCUGUGUGGUCCUCAACAACGUGGAGCUCCUGCGCAGAGCCGUGGGCCAGGCCCUGCGUGGCCUGGCGUGGCCGGAGGGGCCCUCAGGGCUGGAGGCGGGGCUCCCGCGCCCCCUGCUCAGCUGCGUGCAGGCCCUGGAGGAGGACCUGCAGAGGGAGGCCCGCACCGUGACUGCGCACCUGACCUCCAAGAUGGUGGGUGACAUCAAAAAGUAUGUGCAGCACAUCAGCCUCUCUCCUGACUCCAUCCAGAACGACGAGGCCGUGGCCCCGCUCAUGAAGUAUCUGGACGAGAAGCUGGCCCUGCUGAAUGCUUUGCUGGUAAAGGAGAACCUGAACAGGGUGCUAGAGGCCCUCUGGGAGCUGCUCCUGCAGGCCAUUCUGCAGGCGCUGGGCGCCAACCUUGACGUCUCUGCUGACUUCUACAGCCGCUUCCACUUCACGCUAGAGGCUCUGGUGACUUUUUUCCACGCGGAGGGCCAGGGUCUGCCCCUGGAGAACCUGAAGGAUGGAAGUUACAAGCGGCUGGAGGAGGAGCUGCGCCUGCACAAGUGUACCACCCGCGAGUGCAUCGAGCAGUAUUACCUGGACAAACUCAAGCAGAGGUCCCUGGAGCAGAACCGGUUUGGGCGCCUGAGUGUCCGCUGCUCCUAUGAGGUGGCCGAGCAGCGGCUGGCAGUGGAGGUGCUGCACGCUGCUGACCUGCUCCCCCUGGACGCCAACGGCCUGAGUGAUCCCUUUGUGAUCGUGGAGCUGGGCCCACCACAUCUCUUCCCGCUGGUCCGAAGCCAGAGGACCCAGGUCAAGAGCCGGACACUGCACCCCGUGUAUGACGAGCUCUUCUACUUCUCUGUGCCUGCAGAGGUGUGCCGGCGCCGUGCUGCCUGUGUGCUCUUCACCGUCAUGGAUCACGACUGGCUGUCCACCAACGACUUCGCAGGGGAGGCGGCCCUCAGCCUGGCCAGCAUCGGUGGCAUUGUGCGGUCCCAGGUGGGCGGCGGCGUGAGGGCCGGGCAGCCCAUCACCCUGCAUCUGCGGAGGCCCAGAGCCCAGGUGAGGUCCACGCUGAGGAUGCUGGAAGGACGCACCAACCGGGAGGCGCAGGAGUUUGUCAAGAGACUCAGGGAGCUGGAGAAGUGCAUGGAGGCAGACCCCUGAGCCCCCCGCAGCUGCCAGCCCCAGGCCCUCCCCCGA